AUGAGGACGCGCGACAUCAAACAGUGGCUGCGUGCCGCGGAUGUUGCCGACACAGAAUCACCCUACGACUCCGAUGAUGAAAUGGCACCGGGCCACGAUGAGCCCGACGCUCCCGCCCGCACGCCGGACUCGGCAGCGGACUGGGACGCGUUUGUGACCCAUGCCGCCGAGGUGCUGCGGUCCACCAAGCCGCGGCGCCGCGACCUGUUCCUGAAUGAGUGUCUUCCCCAGAUUAUUUUUGAUACCGAGACGACGUCUGCCGAGCGCGUCGAGCUGUACCAGCUUCUUUUUCAGGCGUACGAAUACCACCCCGACCGAGCGACACGCCUGAAACUGCUCGGCACCGGCGACGCUCUCCUCCAAGCUGACAUUGGCUCGGAGGGCAAGCCGUUUGACAGCAUGCUGUGCGUUGCUGCGCUCACGAGCCUGCGCGCAGAGGCGGAGCGCUUCUGCGGACCAAACGGCGCCGUUCGGGGACCCCGUGCGCAGCUGGCGGGUGUGCACCACUGGCUCUGCACGCUGCUGAACCGCGUGCUGAGCGCGCGCGACGGGCUCGAAUGCGCGCCAUGGACGAGCCUCGUGCAGACCGUCGCGAUGGUCUACGACGCGCUUGCCGGAAGCAGUUCGCCGCGCGACCGCCUUUUGCUGCCCGCCCAGCACGCCGCAUGGCGGGCAGUGCGUGAACACGCAGGCCACAUCCCUCUUUUGCUUGAUACACUACUCGCAACGCCGGCGGGUGCGCACACGUUCCGCGUAGUGACGGCCCUCGGCAUGGUCCUCGACGUGGCGCUCCACCUGCGCCCGAAGAAGGACGAGGAGAGCGUGGGACUUGCGUACGUUGCCAAAUACAAGGUGCGCGUGCUGCAGUACUAUGCGACGCAUGUCGUCUCGUCCAAGACGCCGGUCCCGACGCACGUCCUCACGGCCCUGCACGGCUUCCUCGGACAGGUGACGCAGGCCGAGUGCGACGAGUACGUCUUCCCCACGCUCGACAAGAUGAUGCUCCGCUCGCCAGAGAUUGCGUCAGUCGUCGCGACACACCUGUGCCGCGAUGCGCGCGUCGACCGCGGCGCAAUCCUGUGCCGCGUGCAGCAGCCGCUCCUUUCUGCGCUCGCGUCGGCCAACGCCGGCACGCGCCGCAACGCGCUUGCGUUCUGCGAGGAGCUCGUGCGCGACGGCAUUCCUGACGCAUUCCUCGAGGCCCUGCAAAAGUCGCUCAAGGCAGGCGAGUCGCGCUCCGAGGACCAGCGCCUGGCUCUGUACGAGUUCCUCGGCGCGAUUCCCGCCGCGUCGUACAGCGCGCGCCUCGUCGAGGCCAUUGCGCCCCUCCUGCAAAAAGAAGUGCAGCCUGCGCUGCUGCGCACCGCUUUCCUUGCCCUCUGGCACCAUGCCAGCUCGCUGAUUGGGAACGAUACCCCCCUUCCCCCAGCCGCGCUCAAGGCACUCGCGGGCAAGGUCCAGCAGCCAAAGGCGCCGCUGCGUGCCGCUGCGAUGCGCUCGGUGCUGGCGCUGCCGCUCGACGGCGCGGGCGCACAGGCCUUUGCCAAGGACCUCGUGCCGCUCGCAGAGACCGGCAUUGCGAACGGCGCCGCAGCGCUCACCGCACCCGAGUCGGCGCUGGAAGCGAGUGCCGCCGCCAGUGUUCUCGCGCGCCUAGCGCUGGGCACGGACGGUGCGGCGGGCGAAAAAGCGCUUGCGCCGCUGCUCGUGCCGUCGCCCAAGCUGCCUUUUCUUCUGAACGAAAAGGUGGUGCGCAAGCUGCGUGACGCCGAUGCAUCCUGGCCGAACGUGCACGCGGAUGCGCUCCUGCACACGCUGCAGUGGCGCGGACUGGCGUGCCUGCACGACGCAGCGCUUCAGACGGCCGUCGUGGCGGUGCUCGCCGAGUACGUCUGUGACUCAUUCAAAGUCGUUCCCCGCCUCUUGCGUGCGAUUGCGGCGUACGACCGCCGCCUCGCGCUCCAUCUCGUGACGCGCCUUGUGCGCACGAUGCUGGCGGGCGAGCACGUGUCGAGCACCCGCCUGCGCACGCUCCUCCAGGUCCCGAUCGAGGCCUCGGACGAGGGGAGCACGCCGGCCGCGCCCGAAGCCGACCGUGCGACGACGGCGCUGCUGGCGGAGCUCGUGGUGCUUGCGCACCUCGCCGAGCUCCAAGACGCCGAGCACGAGUUCUUUGUGCACCUCUGCCGCACCGCGCAGACGGACCCUCAUGAGGCUGUCGCGUCGCAAAAGACACAAAUCCUCGAAGUCAUUGCCGACGCACAGCACGACGCGCAGCUGUCGUGUGCGGCGGAUGCGGCGCUGUCGACCGUCGCCUUUAUUGCGCCCGAGAUUAUGUCGAUGGCGUGCGAGCGCAUCGUGCGCGACGCGUCGCUGCACCGCCUCGACGCAUUUACCGAGCAGGACAUGGCGAUCUGGGCGGCGCCAGGUGACGUGCCGUACAUUGAUGUGCUUGCGUCCGAGCAAAAGGAUACCAAGGCCGCCAAAGGCAGCAUGGAAAAGUGGGACGCCGAGGUCCGCGCAUCGCUUGCCAAGAAGCAAGGCGCACCGACCCUCUCCAAGCAGCAGCAGGCCGCUGUCGACGCGCAGCUGGAGAAGGAGAAAGGGAUCCGGAGCGACGUCGACCGUGCCGCGGCGCACCUGCAAAAGGCCGUGCGCUCCGCGCGUGCAGUCGCACGUUCGCGCUCGACCGCGCUCGACGCGUAUGUCUCGACGCUCCUGCGCGCGAUGCUCGCGGUGCUUGCCUCGCCCCGCGCACGCACGCUCGGCCUCGGUGUGGAAGCGGCGAGCGCGCUCGAAGCGCUUGCUGAGAGCGGCGAAACGCGCGCGCAGACUAUGGCUGCGUUUGUGCUGAGCACCUGGCUGCGCCGCGCCGACCCUGGCCUGACGCCGCUCGACUACCUGCUCGAGCCGGUGGCGGACGUCGAGCUGCGUGUGCUCUACCAGCUGCGCCUCACGGUCGACGGCGCUCCGCUGUCGCUUGCCUCUGCGUCGUUCUUUGCCCCGUGGCUCGUCUCGCUCAUUGAGGCGGGCCGCCUGUGUGGCGACGAGGUCAAGGACGAUCAGGCAGUCGAGCGCAUGCAGCUUGCGCUCGAGUGCCUCGCGGCGCACAGCGGCCUCGGUGCGGAGCCCGCAUUUCCCCGCAGCGAGGUGCUGCGUGCGCUCCUGCUCCUCCUGCGCCACUUUCCGAUGCUCGCGCACGAGACGAUCUCGGCGCUGCGUGCGUACGGCGAGGCGAUCGCCCGCACGACGAUUGGCGCCGGUGCGCUUGCGCAGCAGCUGCUUGACGCGGCGCUUGCCGACGAGCGCCGCGAGCGCGACGGUGCACUGCAGUGUCUCGUGCCACUCGACCUGACCGAGCUCGAGUUCAGUGCACCGCUCUACCUUGCGAUGCACGCAGAAGACGAGGAGAUUGCACGCACCGCCGACCGCAUCUGGGCGGAGAAUGCGAUGGACGUGCCGACGACGUACGUCUCGACGCUCGUCGCACUCCUCGAGCACAAACAUGCAUACGUGCAGGCGACGACGCCCCGUGCGCUGGGCAGUGCGUGUGCGCUGCACCCCGACACCUUUGCGUCGCUGCGCGAAGGCCUCGAGAUGCUGUACAAGGCCAAGAACUAUUCGCUUGAGCCUGAGUACGACCAGUUCGGCAUGGUGAUUGAUUCUACGCUGCACCGCGAGGACCCCUGGACGGUGCGUCUGGGUGUCGCUGAGUCGCUGGCCGAGAUUGCGCCGCUCUUUUCUGGCAAGGACGUGCUGCCGUUCUUUGCGUUUGCACUGCGCUCCCCCGGCGCGCUCGGCGACCGGAACGAGGCAGUGCGCCGCGCGACGCUGCGCGCCGCGACGGCGAUCGUCGACGCGCACGGCGCCGAGGUGCUUACGCCGCUCAUUGCCGAGCUCGAGGCGAGUCUCGACAGUACCGAUGACGCCGUGACCGAGGCGGCAGUCGUGCUCCUCGGCCGCGCCGCGAACCACCUCGACGAGGGCGACGCGCAUGUCCGCCGCGUCGUCGACCGCCUGCUCGACGCGCUGCACACGCCGUCUGAGCUUGUGCAAGAAGCGGUCGGCGCGUGCCUUGCGCCGCUCGUGCGGACCAAGGCGGUGGCGGGCGACGUGUCGUCGAUGGUCGACGGCCUCUUUACCACGCUGCUGCACGGCGAAAAGUACGCGGGCCGCCGAGGCGCCGCGUAUGGCCUUACAGGUGUGGUGCAAGGCCGCGGUAUUGGCAGCGUCAAGGCGCUGCGGAUCCUGCCCCGCCUGUCGGACGCGGUGCACGACACUUCUGCGCCGACGCUGCGCCAAGGCGCAAUGUUUGCGUACGAGGUCCUGGCCAAGACGCUGCGCAUCCUCUUUGAGCCGUACGUUCCCGAGAUUUUGCCGCACAUUCUCCUGUGCUUUGGCGAUAACAACGGCGACGUGCGCGAGGCGACUCAGGACACGGCGCGUGUCCUGAUGCAAAGCCUCAGCGGCCAGUGCGUCAAGCAGAUUCUGCCGUCGCUCCUCGAAGGCCUCGACGAGAAGCAGUGGCGUACUAAGCGCGGUGCGAUCGAGCUACUCGGUGCGAUGGCGUACUGUGCGCCCCGCCAGCUCUCGGCGUCGCUGCCGAUCGUCAUCCCCCGCCUGAGCGAGGUGCUUACCGACUCGCACACGCAGGUGCGCAACGCGGCGAACAAGUCGCUGAAGCAGUUCGGCGAGGUGAUCCACAACCCCGAGAUCCACGACCUUGUCCCAACCCUGCUCAAGGCGCUGGUGGACCCCAACACAAAGACGGGCAGUGCGCUGAAGGCGCUGCUUGGCACCAAGUUUGUGCACUACAUCGACGCGCCGUCGCUUGCGCUCAUUGCGCCGAUCAUUGAGCGUGGUCUGCGCGAGCGCACCAUCGCCGCGCAGAAGCACGCCGCGCAGAUCGUCGGCAACCUCGCGUCGCUGACCGAUACGCGCGACUUUGUGCCGUACCUCGGGCGGUACACGCCGCUGGUGCGUGAGGUGCUCGUGUCGCCCGUGCCGGACGCACGCAGUGUCGCUGCCAAGGCGCUUGGUACGCUCGUCGAGCGUCUCGGCGAGGUGCACUUUGUCGACCUCAUCCCUGCGCUGCUCGGCGUGCUGCAGACGAACGCCACCGGCGUCGACCGCCACGGUGCUGCGCAGGGCCUUGCCGAGGUCCUCGCGGGUCUCGGCAUGGAGCGCAUGGAGAGCCUCUUGCCGAGCAUCAUUGCCAACACGUCUGCGCGCCAGGCGUACGUGCGCGAGGGCCACCUGGCGCUGCUCAUCUACCUGCCGGCGACAUUUGGCAACCGCUUCGUGCCGCAUCUGCCGGUGAUUGUGCCACCGAUCAUUGCGAGCAUUGCUGACGACGACGAGUCGGUGCGCGAGGCGUCGAUGCGUGCCGGCCGCAUGCUCAUCGGCAACUACCUGCAGCGCUCCGUCGACCUGCUCCUGCCGCAGCUUGAGCCGCGCCUCUUUGACGAGCUGUGGCGCGUGCGUCUCGCCGCGCUGCAGCUCACCGCCGACCUCUUGUUCCGCCUCUCGGGCGUCUCUGGCAAGGCCGAGGCCGACGAGGACGAGAACGAGGAAGCAGAGGUCGCGAAUCACUCGAUCCAAAAGGCGCUGCAGGUCGCGCUCGGCCAGGAGCGCCGCGCGCGCCUCUUGGCCGCGAUCUAUGUCCUGCGCCAGGACCCCAACAUCCCGGUGCGCCAGGCGGCUGCCCACACCUGGAAGGCGCUCGUGCAAAACACGCCGCGCACUGCGCGCGAGGUCCUGCCCAUCAUGCUCGACCUCAUCAUCGGCGCGCUCGCCGCCGAAGGCGACGAGCAGCGGGAGAUGGCUGGCCGCACGCUGGGCGAGCUCGUGCGCAAGCUCGGCGAAAAGAUUCUGCAAGAAACCAUUCCCCUGCUCGCCACGCGUGCCGCGCAGUCGCCGCAGGCCGCGACGCGUGCCGGCGUCUGCGCCGCGGUCGCAGACAUCCUCGCGAACGCGACCAAGACCCAGCUCGAGGACCACGAAGAGGCGAUCAUUGCCAUUGUGCGUGGCGCGCUCGUCGAUAGCUCGCCACAGGUGCGUGCGGCCGCCGCGCGCACCUUUGACGCGGUGCAGGCGCACCUCGGCUCGCGUGCGAUCGACACGACAAUCCCGACGCUCCUGUCGGCGCUGCAGCAAGGCGACGCACGCGCCGAUACGGCGCUCGCGGCGCUGCGCGAGAUUGUGCGCACGCGCCCCGAGGUUGUGUUCCCGGUGCUGGUGCCCGCGCUCGCGCAGGUGCCGCUCUCGGCCAAGUCGGCGCACGCCCUUGCGGCGCUCGUCCCGGUGGCUGGCUCGGCGCUUGCGCCGAACGUCGACGCGAUGCUCAGCUGCGUUGCGCGCACGCUCCUCGACGGUGGUGUGCGCUCCGGUGCGGAGCCGAGCAUCGACGUCGCGCCGCUGCACGCGCUCGCCGACGCCGUCUUUGCGGCGCUCGCCGAGAUCGAGGCUCUGCACCAGGCGAUCGUCCUGCUCCUGAGCUGGAUGUCGUCGCGCGAGGGCCCCGCGCGUCGCGCCCUUGCCUGCGACCUGUUUGUGCGCUUCUGCCGUGCAAAGAACCCGUCGCUGGACUGGGACGACUACACGGUGGACUGUGUGCGGAAGCUUGUGUCGCUCCUCGAGGAGGACCACGCAGAGGUCGACCAGGCGGCGCACGCCGCGCUCAUUGCGUGCGUCGAUGCGGUGCCCAAGAACAACUGGUCCGCACUCGUGCUUCCCCUGCGCCGUGCGCUCGCCUCGAGCGGUGCGCCGGAUGCGCCGCUUCCCGGUCUGUGCAUCCCCCGAGGCCCCCAGCCGUUUACCACGCUCUUGCUCCACGGCCUGAUGCACGGCUCGGCAGAGCAGCGCGAAAACGGUGCGCUGGGUCUCGGCGAAGUGGUCGAGAAGAGCACGUCGGACGCAGUCAAGCCGUUUGUCACCGGUAUGGUUGGUCCGCUGAUCCGUCUGUGUGGCGACCGCCACACGCCGCCGGUCAAGACGGCGAUCCUCGUCGCGCUCGAUACCAUGGUCCGCCGCGUCCCCCAGCUGGUGCGGCCGUUUUACCCCCAGCUCCAGCGCUCCUUCCAAAAGGCUGUCGGCGACCAGAGCAGCAACACGGUGCGCUCCAAGGCCGGCGCUGCGCUCGGUGUGCUGAUGGGCCACCAGAUGCGUGUCGACCAGGUGCUCCUCGAGCUCGUGCAAGGCAUCAAGGCGUCGAUCGACGGCGAGCUGCCUCCGCCCAGUGCCCCCGGCGUGGACCCGGUGGACGUGGGCGAUGCCAUGGCGUUGGCCCUCGCCCAGGUCCUCGCCCAUGUCCCUGCGGACAAGGUCGGCGAGGCGUCGCGUGCGGCGAUCGACGACGUGCUUACGGCCGCCUUCCUCGCCGAGGAGGAGGUGUCCGAGCCGCUGAAAAAGGCGCUUGCCGAGCUCUCUGCCGCGUGGCUCGCAUUCGACACGCCGCGCGCCGGUGCGCUGCUCGAGCGCCAUGUGCUGCAGCCUGCGCCGGUCGACGUGCAGCUCGCGGCGCUGUGCCUGCGUGCGUGCGUGGACCAGGCGUCUGAUGCGCUGUACGGCUACUGCCGCCCCCCCGCGCUGGUCCCCGAGCUGGCUACGACGUGGAUGAGUGAUGCGCCGUCGGUCGCGCGGCCUGCGCGCGAGACGCGCGACCUCCUGAAAAAGGUUGAGCCGUGGCGCAGCGACGAAGAGGUGCAAAACGCACUCUAG